AUGAUUAUUGGGAAUGUUGAUAAUUUUAAACAAAGUAAUUUAACAAAAGAAAAAAAAAGUGACAAUAAUAUGAUAAUAAAGCGUAAAGAAUACGAAGAGUCAAGAAUAAAAGUUAGAGCAGUCACAUCAAAGAAUAGUGAUAGUAACAAGGAAACAAAUCCUUUGAAAUCCGAUAAUCCAAAACCAACAAGUGACCCUCCUCCAUCUUCUAACGAUCUUCCCACCAUAUCAAAAACAAUCAAAUCAGAUACACCUGUAACAACUGAUGAUAGACAAUCUCCUGCCACACCAACAACCGAUGGUACACAAUUUCCAACCAUAUCAAUUACUGAUACUUUUACGAGUGUUACUGCUACUAGAAUUGUAUCAGAAACAACAUCAUCAGAUGAUAAUACGAAUGCCAUUAACACAGUCAAUACCCCUAUAGAAACUGAUGCCACAUUACUUCCAACCUUAUCGAUACCUGAGAACACCGUGGGUAAUACUGUUACUAAAAUUGUUGAUCCAACACCAACGGCUCCACAAAAUGUUCAGACUCUGAGUCAAUCAAUUAUCAAUUCAACUGAUAAUGAUAAUAGAGUUAUAAAUACCAUACCAACAGCUCAGACAACACCAACACAACCAAUUUCUACAAAUAAUAAUAAUAAUCGAAAUUCUAGCGGUAGUAAUUAUUCAAAAACAGUUGAUAGCAAUCCAUCAUUAUCACCAUCAGAUAGAGACAAUACUCCAACAACUUUAUCUGAUACUUCUCACUUGUCAAAGAUCACGGUGGCAACUAUCAUCGCGAUAGUGGUUAUAACGGCAGGAUUUAGUAUUGGUGUAUUAUUUUUUUUCAAAAAAUUCAAAAAAAAUAACAGUCAAAAUAAUCUAAAUAAUCGUGAUAAUAGUGAUAAUAGUGGUAGGGUAAGAUGGUUUCCAACAAUACUAUCAAGUUUAACCGGAGGUAAUGGUAGGCGACUACGAAGAAAUAAUAAAAACAACAAAGUAAAAGAGGAAGAUAUAUGGAUAUCUAGUUAUAAAAAUACUCUUGAUAAUAGCGAAAACCCCAUCGCUAUACCGAGACCAACUUUAAAAUCGAGGGUUUUAAGUACAAGCAAAAUAAUAAGAAACAACAGUAGUAAUAAUAUUAAGAAAAAAAAAACAAGUAAAAUAAUUGAUGCAGAUGUGUUAUUUGAACAAAACAGUAUAAAUGUUUUUGAUGGAUUUGAUGGUAAUUAUGUUGAUAUUAACGGUGGUGGGGUUGGUGGCGGAAAUUUAUUAAUUGGUUGUACUUGUGGUUCGCAUAGUAAUAAUAAUAGCAAUCAUAGUGGCGGCUUAUUUAAUUGCAAUAGCAGUAACCAUAGUAGAAAUAGUACUCAAAGACCUGUUAACGGAAGUAUAAAUAAUAAUAUUAAAUCUCCAUUGGCAAAUAAACUAUACAAUAGCAGUAAUCUUGCUAGUAAUAAUAGUAUUAUUAGUGAUAUAAACUCACUGGAUUUAAUUUAUUAUGGUGUCAGAAAUAGCAUUUUUGAUUCUGAUAAUAGUGGCGGUGAGAUAAUUCACUAUUUCAAUUCUGGUGAAGGCAGCUAUUCAGAUACUAGUAGUGUAUACCUACCUGCCGAAAGAAACAAUGUGGAUUGGAAUGAUUGUCUGGAGUAA